AUGGAGAGGGGAAACCAAACCAGCGUCUCAGAAUUCCUCCUCCUGGGACUGUCCGACCAGGCGGAGCAGAGACAGCUCCUCUUCGUGUUGUUCUUCUGGAUGUACCUGCUUGGGGUCCUGGGGAGCCUGCUCAUCGUUCUGGCCAUCGGCUCCGACCCGCACCUGCACAACCCCAUGUACUUCUUCCUCAUCAACCUCUCCCUGGUUGACACCUGUCUAUUAUCCACCACGGUCCCCAAGAUGCUGGCCAACCUCCAGAUGCAAGAUAAAUCCAUAUCCUAUCCUGGCUGCCUGGCCCAAAUGUUUUUUUUCCUCCUCUUUAUAGGUCUAGACCAUUUCUUCCUCACCGGAAUGGCUUAUGACCGCUACGUGGCUAUAUGCCACCCCCUCCACUACACCACUAUCAUGAACCCAUGGCUCUGUGUCCUGGUCAUUGCUGGGUCCUGGAUCAUCAGUUCUCUCCAUGCCCUGAUACACACCCUACUGGUGGUUCGCUUAUCCUUCUGUUCCAGUCAUGAAAUCCUUCACUUCUUUUGUGACCUUUACCAGGUCUUAAAGCUAUCCUGCACUGACACCCUCAUCAAUGAGUUAUUUAUGUAUCUGCUUACAGUGGUAUUUGGUGUCUUUCCAUUUAUAUGCCUCCUGUUCUCUUACACUCGCAUUGCCUCCACCAUUUUGGGAAUCCCAUCUGCCAGUGGAAAAAGGAAAGCUUUCUCCACCUGUGGCUCUCACCUGUCCGUGGUCUCUCUGUUCUAUGGCACUGGCUUUGGGAUCUACUUCAGCUCCAGGCCUACCCACACAACCCGGCUGGGCUCGAUAGUAUCCGUGUUGUACACGGUGGUCACCCCCAUGCUGAACCCCUUCAUCUACAGCCUGAGGAACAAGGACAUGAAAAGGGUGCUGAUAAACAUGUUCAGAAAGAAAACUCUCUUCUCAUAG